GUAUCGGCGGCUCAUUGUGAAAAUGUCAGGCGUGAAAAGAAAAGUCGAGGAUAAGGACCCAGACUAUGAGGAUAUCUCAGUCUGUCGUCAGGAAAAGCGACACAAAGCAGUUGAACAUUCAGCACGUGAAGCUACUCUGCAGAAGAUUGAACUUAUUAUCAAGGAACAGUUUACAAUGGAGAUGAAGAACAAAGAGCACGAGAUUGAGAUUAUAGAUCAGCGUCUGAACGAAGCCAGAAGAAUGAUGGACAAACUUCGUGCCUGCAUCGUGGCCAAUUACUAUGCAUCAGCUGUGCAACCCAAGAUGACUGAGGGCCCAAAGCCAUAUGAUCCUACUGUCUUCAAUCACCCAGUCAUCAAGAAAUUUUUAGAAUCUCCUUCCCGGUCAUCCUCUCCAGGCAAUCAACGAUCUGAAACUCCAUCAGCCAACCAGUCAGAAACAGAUUCAGUCAAUCACCAGGCAGAUACCUUUCUGGACAAAGAGAAUGAUCAGGAACAGCUCACUGCAGCAAGCGAGGACAUUCAAACGUAUAGAUCCGAUAAAAGAGCAGGGAGGAACACUGGCCAGGAUACCUUUGGAGUCCCAACCCCACAGGAAAUAGAACAAAGAUGUACCUACCUCACCACCAGUGAAGAUCCAUCACGCCUUUACAUCAAGAAGACAAUUGUUGUUGGCAACGUUUCAAAGUAUAUUCCCCCAGACAAAAGGGAGGAGAAUGAUCAGUCCACCCACAAGUGGAUGGUUUAUGUGCGUGGCUCUCGGAAAGAACCGACAAUUGAUCAUUUUGUGAAGAAGGUCUGGUUCUUUCUGCAUCCCAGCUAUAAGCCAAAUGACCUGGUGGAAGUCAGUGAACCUCCAUUUCACUUGACCAGACGAGGCUGGGGUGAAUUCCCUGUACGUAUUCAAAUUCACUUCAGGGACCUGCGCAACAAGAGAAUAGACAUCAUUCACCAGCUGAAGCUGGAUAGAACAUACACUGGCUUGCAGACUCUUGGUGCAGAAACGGUGGUUGACGUUGAACUGCACCGUGACUCUCUUGGUGAGGACUACCUUCCCACAGCUUUGGCUCCUUCUGGCUCCUCUGCAGUACUUCUUUCUUCAUCCUCCUCUUGCUCCUCCUCUUCCAGCAGGACACCUCAAUCUGUCACCCCUGUUCAACCUGCAAUGUCCUCCACUCCCCCAAUGACAUCAGCCGGAGCAGUGCACGUGUCUCUAGCAACUUUGAGUUCUGCUGCUGGGAAGCAGUCACACGACUCUCUGGGAUUUACUUCAGAAAAAGUUAAGUUGGAAAUCCCUGUUAAAAGUGAAAUGGGUCCUAGCAGUCACUCAGGACAGUCUUCCCUGGAGCGCACACCAACCAGACCAGUGGCCACUCAGAAGGUCACGUUUGGAACUCAUGGAAACUCAGCGUUCCAACCGAUCACUGCCAGUUGCAAGAUUGUCCCUCAGGGGCAGCUUCCCAGCCCUUCUGAUUCUCCAGGGAAGUCCUUCCAGCCCAUCACCAUGAGCUGCAAAAUUGUGUCAGGCUCACCAAUCUCAACUCCGAGUCACUCUCCUUUGCCACGUACCCCGACCUCUACUCCUGUCCACAUGAAGCAAGGAUCAUCUGUCUCCGUUAUGAGUAAUCCCUAUAUUAUAGUGGACAAACCUGGACAGGUGAUUGGCGUAUCAACAUCAAACACUGCAGGGAGCCCCACGACAAAGCAGACAGGCAUUUCACAAGGGGCCCGUUCACCCAUCCCCAAAAUACACGGCAGUAGCUUCAUUGCAACAACUGUGAAGCAGGAAGAUGCACUCUUUGCAGCUAUGCCCCCGUUGUGCCCCAUUGGAAGCCAUUCCAAGGUUCAGAGCCCCAAAACUGUGACGGGGGGUCUUGGAGGAUUCACCAAGGUAAUCAUCAAGCAGGAACCAGGGGAAGCAGUAGCCCAGCAGUCGGGGGUCACAGCUGUGUCUACACAGCAGGCUGUGCAGCAGUUUAUGACUGUGAAGGGUGGCCAGGUGAUUGCAGUUUCUCCGCAGAAACACAGCAGUGGACUCGGGACAGGAGUUACCCAGACCAAGGUCGUUGGGAUUCCGGUGGGUUCAACUUUGCAGCCAGUGGUGAAGCAGGCGGUGGCACUCAGUGGUGGGCAGAUAAUUGUUGCCAAACCAGGCACCACUGUUGCCCGGGCUGUCAGUCAGAAGCAGAUUGUGGCGCAGGGGGUGGCGAAGGCUGUUGUGAGCGGAGCAAGUGGAGCCGUUGUUGCAGCGCCUGUGCAGGCGGUCACCAAGUCUCAGAGUUCGUCCACUGUGCAAAAAUCAGGCUCGCAAGGCUCAGUUAUGGCAACGCUACAGCUUCCAGCCACCAACUUAGCCAACCUGGCUAACCUCCCCCCAGGGACCAAACUGUACCUAACAACCAACAGCAAGAACCCCUCUGGCAAAGGAAAGUUGCUGUUAAUACCUCAGGGGGCCAUCCUGCGUGCUGCUCAACCAGCAGCAGCGCAGCAAGUGCAGGGAGCAUCAACAGGCACGGCUGGUAGCAUACAGGGGACCGUGGUUAGUGGAUUACCCCAGCAGCUGGGCUACACAUCGUAUAUCCUUAAGCAAACGCCACAGGGCACGUUUCUGGUUGGCCAGCCGGUCACUCAGGCCUCUGUGAAGCAUGGACCUGGCAGCUCAGUGGCGUCUGGCAUGGUAGUGCAGGGGCCGUCUUCUACAAGCACCCAACAGCAGGCAAUCAGAGUCUCUGCUGCACAAAAAGCAGUGUUUGCACAGGUUGUCCCCAGUGCUCAGGUGUCUUCUCUGCACUCAGCUGCUGUUUCCUCACUCGUCCAAUCUCCCUCACCUGAUGGAGCAGCAAGGACACUAUCCAUAGCGUCUCCUCUCUCACAGCCUGGCACCACCACUCUGCGGGUAGCUGGAGGAGUCAUUACAACAGCCAGCCUCUCAACACCAGUAUCAGGAACAACACCAGCAACCGUAGGAACUAUGGCUCUGCAGUCAGAAGUAAAGGGCUCCAGCCCUCCUGUGAAUCCAGCUGUGUCCACAGUGAAAAUCUCAGGCCAGCAGCCCUCCGUCCCAGUGUCCCAGGCAGAACCCAGCACCAGCCAGUCGCCUUGUGUUGUUUCUGUUAGCUCACAGGUGGCCCAUGUGGUGGUUUCGCAGCCCAGUGCUGGAGGAUCCAACAAGGCCAGCAGUUCAGCUGGUUCUGGUGUGGCCUCUUUUGCAUCCAGCUCCAUAGCUGCAACAAACACAUUGAGUGGACAAGUCACACCAUCCAUAUCAGUGAAGGCUGAGCCUGGAUCUCUGGGUGCUUGCUUUAGCCCCUCAGUACCCACAGCAAGCACUGUGAAAGUGGAGCAAGGAGGAUCGGAUGGGCCAUUUGAAAUUAUUGACCUCGAAUACAUUGAGAAUAUACAGCAGCUACUGACUGCCAUCCUGAAGAAGGUGCCUCUGAUUGCUCUCAAGAAAAACGAGGACUCCAACCCAUUCUGUGCUACCUCUCUGGAGCAGUAUUACAGCUGGAAUAUUGGGAAGCGGAGAGCUGCAGAGUGGCAGCGUGCAGUAGCCGUCAGAAAGAUUCUGCAGGAGGUGAUGGAGAAAUGCUCACGGUUCAGUAGCACAGAUGUCAUGAAGACUAAGCAAAUCAUGUACUGGUGUCGCCAGCGCGGGUACACCCCCCCUGACCCAGAGACUGCCGUCAUCGAGGAGGAUUCGAUGGAAGAUAUACUAGCUCGAAUCGACAACGAGCCAGAAUGCCCUUCCACGUACAGCGUGGCCAGUGAGCUCUGUCAAAGACUCAUGGAGGUGGAGGCCAUUUUGAAAACGGAAUCUGAGAGCGAUGAAGAGGUUGACAUAAUUGGCACAGCCGAGUCUUCUAAAGUGAAAAUCAAGAAGGAACUGGAGGAGGAGGAUGAUGAAGAGGUCAAAUUCUACAUGGGGCUGAUGCCAGCCAUGGAGUAUGCCAGAGACACAGCCCAGCAGAUUGGUGUCACGAUUGAACCCAUUGAGGUGGAGAGCCGUGUCUAUGCCCCAGUGAUUGAAGGGAUGAUCGUAAAGGCUGCUGAACUAUUUGUAAGUGACAUCCUUCGAGAGUCUUUGAAAGUCGCAUACCAGAGCACGCCCCAGAACAGAGCACCCAAAGAACUGAAUGUAAUCAACGUCCACCAAGCCAUCUGUAACGUCUCUGUCUGCGACUUCCUCACCAACAAGUACAUGGGCAUGCUGGCUACAGAACAGACCCCACAGCAGGGAUUAUGAAGGGAUUCACACGCUUUCCAUUCCAUUGAAGGCAGGGAUUUGGCAAUGUCCAAAGCCACUGUUACACUGACAUAUCGCUGCAGCCGUUGUGCCCACGAUGGUCACUGCGCCAAUGCAUGCCGUCAGUACUCAUCGUGGAGCCACGGAAGCUUCCGGAAGUAGUGCUCCAAGUUGGAGCUGGCUGUUGUCAGAGGUUGGGUAGGAGCUGUAGCAGGAAUGUGUUUAUGUUCAGUCAAGACCUGGAAAAAGACAAAAUGCUGGCAAUGUACAUUUUUACGUCUUUGGAUUGGUGUGUCAAGGACAAAACUGGAUUAAUGAUGUGCACACACUGUGAUGGAGGGCUUAAAUCAAAGUCAUCUCCCUUCAAUCUAAACAGCUCACACCUCUGGUCCAAAUGACAUCAUGCAAUGACUAAAGCAGCUUGUCAUUGUAAUUGUUAUUAAAUAUUGUUUUUAAAGAAAAAAGUACCUCACAGUUUUGAAAUUCCACAGCACGCUGCAUGCCCUUUACAGACAGAAAUUAAAUUGCCCAUCAGUAGCAACAGGGUAUUACGGUUUCAUUUGUACAAUCUCCCAUCUACCAGCUUGCCUUUAAUAAGGGCUGUAAUAGAAGGACCUAGCUGUACCUGACAGUUCUGCUUACUGCCCUCACGCAGCCAGCUUUACAGCACCAAUGACAGCUAAAAGUGCACCGUCUCCACCAUCUCGUCCCACUGCCCUGGCUUUUGGGGAGGGGUGGCCUUCAAAGCCAUCAUCAUCUCUAUAGCUUAUUGAUGAAUGGGAGCUUGGCUCCAUUUCUGAUCUCACUUGCCAGCGGCCAUUGUACUUGUUUCUUGUGCUGUUGGUUUAACUUGGUCAGAGAGUUGCAUUGUGCAGCGCAGUCAAUUAGCUCGAGUAGCAAGAUAGGCUCUUACGUCCAUGAGCUGGAUGGUUAUGCUGUUGCUGGAUAAGAUUAUAACCUAGCUGGAACAGUAAUGUGUUCCACUCUCUUUCCCUUGUUCCUGAAGCUCAUUAAUAAGUUAAAAAUCUAAUUGAAUAAAAUCAAUUUGAAUGGAAAAAA